UUAUUUUUAUUUUAUUUUAAAAUUAAAAAUAUGUUUGUUAUUAACCGUCGUUGUUUUUGCAUGUCGCGUAGUAUGACAACUUUUGUUAGAAAAUUUGCUACUGAGACAAAGACAAACAAUCCAAAAUCCAAUGAGGACCAAUUAACGAGCACAAUUAAUUUACUGACUAACCAAGUUAAAUCUAUGCAAUUUGAAAUUAAUUGUAAAUUUGAGGCUUUGAAUACACAAAUGAAGGUUUUUGAAUUGGGUCAUUUGCGGACUGAUAUUUGCGGAUAUUCUUGA